GCACUAUUGCCAGAUGAAUCUAUGGACUCUUUUACUUGGCUCCUUACAUGCCUUAAAAAAGGAAAUCCAACAUAUGAACCAGGUGUUAUUUUUUCUGAUUCUGAUCCUGCAAUAGCUGCAGCAAUUUCUAAAACUUUUGUAACAGCUUAUUACCACCUUUGUGUAUUCCAUCUUGGAAAUAAUGAAACUAUAAGCUUUAACCAUAAUGGUCAGUCUAUAAGUAAAACAUUAUUUCCAGAAAUCAUUGCAGUGUGUGAAAAAUAUCUUACACCUCAUAUAAUUGCUGAAAUAAAGCAACAAAUUCAACAAGCGCUUUGGUACCGAUGUUAUUUAUUUGAUAUUUUACAAGAACAUUGUACUAACGAUGAAUCUGAACUUACUGAUGGAUGUAUCGAAGACAAUUAUGAUGCACAACAAAUGCAUAUUAACUCUAUUUUGAGUAAUGUAUCAUAUGAUAAAAUUCAAGAAGCUUGGCGUGUUGUUAGAAUUGUGGGUUCUGGAAAUGUGCACUACAUUAUUUUACUUAAGGAUAGUUCAUUUUUAUGUACAUGUACCUGGCCAGUUAGCCGUGGAAUUGUAUGCAGGCAUUACUUUGCUGUUCUUAUAGAAUCAGAUAUGGCCAUUUUUCAUAUAUCAUUAAUAAUACAGCGAUGGUAUAAAGAUGCUUAUUUUAAUGAACCAGAAGAUACAUUCAAUAAUAUUUCAGCAAUCCGAUCACAUAAUAAUGCUCUUAAUAGGCCUAAUUCACCAAGCCAACUUAAUCAAACUAUAUUAACCAACCGAUUUGAACAACUUAACUUUAUACGUAAAGCUUCAGGAUCUAAAAAGCCUAAUAAAAAGUUUAUUCAAGAUCGCAUACGUUAUGGUAAAAGCUAUGGAUUAUUACAAACUGUUCUUACAUUGGCGAUGGAAACAGAAACUGAAGAAGAAGUAAAUAAAUGGUGUUAUCAAUUUAUACAACAAAAAAAGAAGUUAAUAAAUACUAUAGCUUCAAAUUUAAAUGAUACUGCAUUAAAUCAAGAACAAGAAAAUGAUAUCUGUAGUACGCCAGCUCAAGAACAAGAAAAUAGUAUUCAUAGUGUGCCGGUUCAAGAACAAGAAAAUAAUAUUCAGGUUACUAAUCCGAAAAUCAUUUCAGUUAAGGGCCGACCAAGUAAAAGGCAAAAGGGU